CUUGCUUGGUACGACGAAAAGGGUAGGUGUUUUUCAAAAGUGAGUGUGGUUGCUGCGGUGUCGAAAGAUCAGCAUUGAGGUUAUUCAUUGAAAGGAUAGCUGGCAGUAGGUAAAUUUCAAACAGAUGGAUGAUACCAGUGAGAUCAUAUAUAAUUUCAUAUCACCGCCUCGGCCCACCGACAAAAACAGCUCAAGUAAAAGGGAGAGAAUGGUUUGAUCAGAAAACGCGCAACAAAGGAUGUAUCAAUAGGAGCAAGGAUGGCAAGAAAACAAUGAAUCUUUGUUUGCCGGCAUGCCACAUGGAAAAAGUAGCAUCCGUUUCCAGGAUGCGCCAACGAGGAAGGCGACACCUUAGCAUCUCAUCCGUGCCCUCGUUCCACCUAGACUCGCUGCAGCGGGGCGUGCACUGCAACUCGAACGGAUUACCACCCAUCCACAUCAAAUACCUAUGCCUACAUACGAGUAACUUGAUGACACACGAGAGUAGUAAGGAAGCUGAGACAGCGACCAAAGAAAGUGGGACGAGCAGAAGGAAGGAAGAGUGGAAGAGCUCAAAUGAAAUCAAACGCGUUGAUUGCCGUCAAAUCUGCCUGCCAAAUCUGCCGCCAGCUGCCAUACAAAGUGCAAAUGACACUGGUUAGCCUUUUAAAUGCUAUGCAACUGAGCAGUGAAUAAGCGGUUUACAAAAAGUAGAAAGGAUAAAAAAACUGAGAUUAUCAACUCGCAAUGCGGGUUAGCACACUCCAUUCCUGCACCCUUUGAACAUCUCGCUUUUUCUUGUUGAGAAGUCCAAUGUCCUGUCGUGGUGAUAGUGCUGUUCAAUUGUUCUGUUUUCGAAGCGAAGACGUUGCUACGAACGUGAAUGGCUACCGUUUGAUUUAAAUAUUGUGGGGCUUCUUAUAACGCAACUGGACUCUUGUCUCGUUGGUCAAAUGUGCACGACCUCUGUGAACGAUGCGG